AUGAGCAGCACAAGAAAUAUGAGGGAUGUAAAUAAAAAUAACCAGCCAACUUCAGCAGCCCAGGCACCUCGUUUACCUGCUCUACCUAUAAAUAAACUAACACAGGGACAAUUAAAGGCAGUAGUACCAGGAUUGAUGCAGUUGGCAACAAACAGCUCCCCAAAUAAAGACAACAGUAAAACCUCUGAUUUGUGGACAGCUAACUACUCUUCUCUUGCUCCCUCACCAGCACAGAAUAACUGUAAAGAGAAUAUAACAACUGAUCUGUUAAGAUUAAUGGUACGAAAUUGUUACCGACAUCUUGGACAGGAAGAACUACUGACAGAUAAUAAUAAUAUUAAUUGGAAAUCAGCUCUAGCUACUCUCUCACAGUUACAGUCCAAUGGUCUUAAAAAGGGUAGUAGAUUGGGACUAGAUAUUUUACCAGAUAUACUCUCUACUCAAGGCUACAACAAAUCUUUUAUUGAGAUUUACCUGUGUUUCUUCUGUUCUGAAGAAUUUGGAGGCAAAGAGGAACUCCGAUUACAUCAAAAUCAAUGUUCCUUUCGACCACCAGAGCUACGUUCCAUUAGAUCUCCAUCUAAAUCACCAGCAACAGAAAGCUCAGCAUGUCCACAGUUGAGUCCAUUAUUGCCUACAGAUACUGGUGUAGUCAUCUCCCAUUCACGAGAAGAUUACAUGCAAGGAUUAGAUUUAUUACCAGUCCAAAAAGCUAUAAGAAUUCGUGAAAAACGUAAAAACACAGAAAUAGAUUUGGAUGUUGAUAAAUUUGCCGAGCCGGUGACUCCAAAAUCACCAGGGACUCCACGCACGCCCAAGUCAUUAAUUUCUCAACUUAGUCGUGAUGGUGAAUCUAGUGCUUGUAAAAGACGUUUGUCGUAUCUUUGCCCGCGUGAUAAUAGUGAUGCUGAAAGUGUUAUAAGUAAUAGUAGUUCUGAUGAUGAGCCCCAAAAACCCUCCAAAACUCUGUCCCUUCUAUUCAUAGACGUUGCAUCUCCUCUUGGACAAAAAGUCCAAAAGUGUAUGGCUUCUGAGCCUGUUGUUCAUACAAAAGUGCUGACAAACGCUGAAUCAUUUUGUCGAACUCCUGUUAAAGACUCAAGUUUCUCAGAAAAGUUACGUGUUCGGAAUGCUUCUAUACCAGUUACGUUUAAAUUGACACGGAAACGUAUCAGACAGUUUAAUCAUACGUAUAAAUUUACUAAAUCUGAACGUGAGUUAUCUUAUGAUUACAUUCGCACUGGAUUAAACAAGGGAAGUCGAAUGUUAAAAAAAUCAUUGCCAAGAUGUAAGGUUCCAUUGAAGAGAUUAGCAAUGAAUGAUUUCAAACAUUGGAAAGCCAACCCAAAUCCUCCUAAAGUGCCUCUUAAUUGGAGGGCUCUUCAAAGAAAGACAUUCCAACUAUUGCAGAAACAGAAGCAAAUGUCUUCCAACCAACCUUGUUCCUUUCCAAAUGGACUGCCAGUUUUGCUUGGACCUGGAAUUGAUCGUUUGCUUGGAUUAAGAAAGAAAGAAGAACCAAUAGGGAAGAAAAGUUCCCUGACAUUAACUAAUGUCCUAUCUGAGGAUGCAAAUGCUGAAAUGUCUCAGUUGAAGCUUUCAUUGUACAAAUCUUUACUAACAGAAUUGUCUGAUUAUCAGCAGAAAUUUCAGAAAACUAAAUCUCCAAAUCUUCAGAUUCCAAAUUUGCAAGCAAAAUCUACAAAUCAUCAGAUGACAAAUUUGCAGCUAAAGCAUUUCUCAUCUCCCAUCAAAGAUCAGCUUAAUCAGAAGGCAGCUCCUGUUUUCUUGUCACCCUGUCGAGUCAGCAUACAACAAUUGGAAAGAGACCAGGAAUAUUUACCCCCACCAUCUCUGUCCCCACCUUCAUCCACUCAUAGUGCUAAGACAAAACCAUUGUCCAUUGACAUCCCUAAAGACAAUUUCAAGCCAUCAUCAGGCUCUACUCACAAGUCACGACGUGAUCUAUAUAAUGAUAUUGACAAUCUCACUUCUGAUGAUUCAAUUUCCAUUAGAACAGGAUCAUCUGAUGAAUCCUACAAAUGUCUUUCACCAGAAGAGGAACCUUGUGUAAAAUGUGAGAGAUAUCUCUGUAAAUGCAAGAGCAAAGCCUUAAAGUCUAAGGAUAAAGACUCCCCCAAAAAGUCUUUCAUAGGUGACAAAACUCCUGUUAAAAUAAAGAAAAAGAUUGGCAGACCAAGGAAAGAUUCAAAAAUAAACAAUUCAUUGUCUGCAAAGAAGAAUGCAAAUCUAGGCAAUAAAAAGAAGGAUUGUAGCAAAGAAAUUAUCAAAAAGUAUCGAAGGAAGUUUCCAGCUAAAAAGCUUAAUUAUUCCUUAAGAGGAGUUGAUGAUAAACCUGUUCCUGCUGUGAAGAUUCCAAAAUGUCUGCAGAUUGACAUGAAGGAAUCAGCUUUCAUACCAGCAGUCAUGCUUGGUAAAGUAGCUGUACCAAAGAAGCUGGCAAUAGAUAUGGAAUGGAAACCUUUAGACAGCAAGUGUAAUCUGAGGCAGAGGAAUAGUGUAGAUGGUAAGUUGACUGAUGCAGAAGCUACGACCAAACUGUCAAAACCUGGUAAAGGAGAAUCAUCUACUUCUGGUAUCGAUACAAGCAGUGAUGAUGAUGACACACCUUUGAGUGCUAUCUGUCAAAGGGUAACUGAGGGCAAAAAUAUACCUAUAAGGGAAAAAGAGCCUGGUAGGAUGUCUCCAAAAGAACAUUCUGAGGACAAGUCCCGUGCUGUCAACAUCCUCAAAAAAUCACCUGUGAAACAGAUUAUAAAAGAUUUGAAAAAUGUAAAAGAGAAAGAUGCUCCCAAAGUUGCCCAGCAGUCAACUGAAACCCUGACCAGUCCAAGAGAUAAGCUGGACAUUGCAUCCUAUAUAAGACCCAAAAUUCUAAUGAGAAAACACCCCAAUAUUGGUAACACAAAAUCUCAAACUGUCAUGUCUCCCCCACUAACCAAGCCUAACUCAAUAAGCCCUGAAGAGCCAGCCAAGAAGAAAUUAAAGAUGCCAAAAGGAUUAGAAAUAAACAUGGUUUGGCAACCAGAAGAUCUUCCAGCACGAAGAGAGUCUAAACCUAAACCAGAUGAAUUGCAGAAAUCUGAAUCUGAAUCAGGAAGCAUGUUAAGAGAGAGAUCAGCAUCUGUAACAGUUCUUAAAAAGUUAGAUGAUUCUCCUUUGAGGCAAAGGUCUUUGUCGAUUAGUCAAGGUCUUGCAAAGUAUUUUGGAAAAAUUGUUGAAGUAUCACCAAGCUCAUUAAAAAAAAGUGCAACACUUCCAGGAAACUCUCCAAUGAAAUGGGUCAGAAACACAAAUCUUCAUUUUCAUCCUGGUGGUGAUUCCAUGAGUCCUCUACUUACUAAGUCACCCGAAAAGCAGAAAAGCAAAUCAUCAGAUGCUAAUGCAACAAUAGUUAAUGUUUCACCUUGUAAGACAUCAGCAGUUCACAAGUCACCAGUAAACAAGCAUUCUAGCUCAAUUUUAAAGUUACCACUAAGUGUCAAUCCAAUCAAAUCUCCAAAUGUUAAAGAUAAACUUGAAUCUGAAUCAAAGAAAAGUGGUUCACCUAAAAAGGCUUCUUCUUGUUCCCAAGGUGGAAUUAAAAUAAAGAAUUCAUCAAGAUCCUCCUCACCUGUCAAACAGAACAAAUCAGUUCUUCCUAUUAAAAUUAUUGAAUGCAGUUCAGCAAAAAAGACUCCUGGUUCUUCGGGUAAAGUACAAAAAAGUAUUUUAGGUACACCCUCGGGAAGUCCAUCUAAGAAAGUCACUGACAAAUCACUGAAGAAAUCUCUGGAAUCUUCCUCGUCAAAGAAAAGUAUGUCUGAAAAUACAGCACCAACUUCUCCAAAAAAGACUCAAACUACUCCUAGAAAAGUUGAAGGCAGUCCCUCAAAGAAAAACAGCAAUACUUCUCCAGUGAAGUCCUCUAGUCCUAAAAAGGACUCUCCAAAGAAGUCUAAAUCAGUUCUUAUGCCCAGCAAAAACAAAAAGCUAUCAAUACAGUCUUACCAAGACUUUUUGAUGGAAGUUCAGAAAAGUUCUACAAAAUCACAGAAAUCACCACCAAAGUCAGCCAAAACUAGUCCCAAAAUGAAUAAAAGCACCUUGAAGAAAUCACCUUUUGGAAGCAAAAUUCUUAUGAAAAAGAAAGAAAAGUCAAAAUCUGAAGAUAAGAGAGCUUCUCUCACUGCAGCAUCAUUAUUAGCUGGGGCUCGUGGAACCAAGCGAAAGAUCUCAUUAGGGAAAACAUCAAAAACUAAAAAGCCUAAAACAAAGGAAUGA